AUGCUCUCACGUGUUGCUGCAGUGAAGGCACCCCGCACACACAACCGUCGCGGCGUGACCGGAUCCAGCGGAAGGAGGGAAGGGAGAGAGAGUGAGCCGCAGAGGCCCAACAUGUCCCGGCAUGUUUUCUAUUCCGUGGUGCCGCUUUUCCUCGUUGUGAUGAUUUGCUGCGGCACAGGAGGGUAUGCGACUGCUGUUGUGACGGCGCCAGGUUCGAGAAAUGCAAAGGGAACAUAUUUUGCUUGGAGAGAUAAGAGUGAUAAAGAAACGGUGGGUUCGCUCCGCGUUCCGAGUCUUGUUGAGAUGAACGGUGAUGUGUUUGCCGUAGCUGAGGCGCAGUGCAAGGAGGAAGGUAAAGGCGGUGCCACUGGGAUUGCCUCGAAGCUUCUGAAGUGGACUGAUGAGUCAUCAAAAGAGGAGUUGGAUAAAAAUAAACUGAAGACUCAGGUACUGGAGGAAUGUCCUUCCGAAGAAGCAGCUUGUGCCUCCCAAAAAGCUGCUGGGGCUGAUUCCCAAAGUAAAUUUGGAGGAAUUGUGGCCCGACCAACCACAGUUGUGCAGGGAAGUGCUAUUUACAUGCUUGCUGGAAUCUACAUGCGUGAAGGUACAACUGAUUUUGAUGAUCAUUGGGGACUUUUGCUGGCGAGAGGGAACGUUAGUGUUGAUGGGGAUGAUGCCCGAAACAAAAGAAUUUAUUUGACUGAUGUUGACGCUCUCCCGAGCACUUCUAAUACUCAACGAAAAGAAUCUUUGAAAGCAUUGAUUGGAGGCGGUGGAUCGGGCGUUAAGAUGAAUGACGACACGCUUGUGUUCCCUGUGGAAGGCAUGAAGGCGAACGAGGAUGGCGCUGAGGAGGAUGGAAAGGCUGUCUCGCUGAUCAUAUACUCGAAGGAUGCUAAGAGUUGGACACUGUCGAAGGGGAUGUCUGCCGAUGGCUGCAGCGAUCCCUCCGUCGUGGAGUGGGAGAAGGACAAACUCAUGAUGAUGACUGCGUGUGAUGAUGGCCGCCGCAGGGUGUACGAGUCCGGUGACAAGGGGGAUUCGUGGGCGGAGGCACUCGGGACACUCUCGCGCGUGUGGGGCAACAAACACACGGGACCUGAGAAGGGCGUUGGGAGCGGGUUCACCACAGCGAGGAUUGAGGACAGGGAUGUGAUGCUCGUUACUCUGCCGGUGUAUGCCAGGAAAGAUAACAAAGACAAUGGAAAUGGCGUACUCCAUCUUUGGCUGACGGACAACACGCACAUUGUUGAUAUUGGGCCGGUAUCCGGGAAGGAAGAGGCGGAUGUCACCGCCAGCUCCCUGUUGUACAAAAGUGGUGGAAAUGGAGAUAAGAAGGAGGAGUUGAUUGCACUGUACGAGAAGAAGGGCAAUGGGGAGACACCAUCACACGAUAUGGUCUCGGUGCGUCUGACUGCGCAGCUGGAGAAGGUGAAGGAGGUGCUGAAGACGUGGAAGAAAGUGGACGAACGUGUCUCCCAGAUGUGUUCCACCUUACUUGCUGGGAAGGAUCGUUUAAGUGAAACUGCCUGCAGCGCUGGUAAGAUCACGGAUGGGCUGGUUGGCUUUUUGUCCGGCAACUUCUCUGAGAGCACGUGGAGUGACGAGUACCUCGGGGUGGACGCCACAGUAAAUAAUGAUGGUGGGGCGAAGAAGGCGGAUAAGGGCGUGAGGUUCACGGGGCGUAGCGCAGGGGCGGAGUGGCCCGUUGGCAAGCAAGGGGAGAAUGUGCCGUACCACUUUGCGAACUACAACUUCACUCUUGUGGCGACGGUGUCCAUCGACGGUGUGCCGAAGGAGGGUAAUAUUCCAUUGUUGGGUGUGAAGAUGGAUGGCGAUGGGUAUCCUAUAUUGUUGGGACUGUCGUACGACAAGGAAAAGAAGUGGCGGUUUCUGUGCGGUGGCGGACAGAACAAGGAGCAUAGCCGCGAUUGGGAUCCGGAGACAACGAAGGAAGACCACGUGGUAAUUUUGCUACGGAACGGCAACCAGGGCUCCGCGUACGUCGAUGGUCAGCGUGUGGGUGGGAAUGCACCAUGUGGAUUGAAAAAUACGGAUUCAAAAGAGAUCUCGCACUUCUACAUUGGAGGGGAUGGAGACAAGACACGGAAACAAGAAGACGUGUCUGUGACUGUGAAGAACGUCCUGCUGUACAACCGUCCGUUGGAUAGCACUGAGAUUGACGCUUACAACCCGAAUAAAGCCUCCAUUCCAUUUCUGGUGAACACGACUAUUGAAGGAACCGUGUCCUCGUCUACUGCUGGACGACAACAGCAGGCGGGAAAGGAACCGUUAUUGGAGAGCAGUAUUGCAAACGGGGAGAUGGCGGGAGGAAUGGAUGGGCAGGAGGAGGAGGUUAAUACGCAGGACAGGGACGUAAAUGCUGCGGCACUCAGCAGCGGCCUCGGAAAUGUGUCGCAGGGGAAUAACAGUGAUGCCGGCACCGUGCGUGAGAGCAGACUGCUGCCAUCGCUGCUGCUUCUGUUGGGACUGUGGGGGUUUGCAGCUCUGUGA